AUGGUCAACGGAAGCCAACAUGCAGAUCAAUUUAUCUUUCGAGAAAGGCGAGAAGUUUGUUCAAGUUUCACUUUCGAAGAAAGUCCAGAUUGUCCAGUUGGGUCUCCUGGCCCAGCAGGUGAUACAGGUGUACCCGGUCUGAACGGUCUGGAUGGACUACCGGGAGCACGAGGUCAGAAUGGAAAACUUAUCAACCAAUAUAUUGCGGAAGGAUGUUUUGUAUGUCCUAGAGGGCUACGAGGGCCUCAUGGAGUCGAUGGACCGGUUGGUGACUUGGGAAGAAAUGGAUGGAAAGGACGACCGGGUGCUCCAGGAAAAAAUGGAGACAUGGGUCCACGUGGUUCACGGGGAGAACCAGGAGCAAAAGGAACCAUAGGUGAACCUGGAUGGCAGGGCGUGGCUGGACGUAGUGGAUUCCACGGAAAAGGUGCACCUGGUCCACGAGGCCAAGUAGGACAAGGAGGACCAAGCGGUUUCUCAGGAGUUAGCGGCCAUUAUGGACGUCCUGGACGACCAGGAGCACCAGGAGCCGUGGGAGCUGCUGGAAUGGGCGGUUUUAAAGGCCAGGAUGGUACACCAGGUCUUCGGGGUCUUCCAGGAUCUCCAGGAAAUGAUGCCAUUUAUUGUCCAUGCCCAAUCCGAUCCCAUGUUCUGACAAACGUGUUUCUGUCUUAG